AUGAUUUUAUCAUAGGAUUGCACUGGAUAUGUAAAAUAAUAAGAAAAACACUUUUAUUUACUUCUAAAAUUUUUUAAAUGGUCGCGUAAAUUUUAGUGCCGCAAUCAAAUGUUAGAAUUAUAAAAUGGGCUGCGUGUGUUGUUCUCUGAGUUCCUUCGUUUCCAUUCUUCUAGAUGCUCUCGAAAGAAUAUCAUUAUGCACCGUCUGCGCUAUGUUGACAUGUUGUUUACUGUUUACAAUUAUAUCGGUGAUGGUACUGGGUAUCGGCAUUGGAUAUCAUUACUGUUUUGUCUCAAAUUCAGUAGAGUCUAUGGCAAAGGCUGCAAAAGCAGCAGGCGCUCUGCGUUCAGGUCCAGAAACAGUGACUACCGGUAACGCGAUGAGGGCGGUCGACAGAGCAGUCAAGCGCGGGUUUGCCCACAGAGUAGUACGGCGUGAAGCAGAUACAACAACGAUUGCAAACUAUUUAAAUGACACUAGUAAUUUUUAUCGAAAAGUUUCGUCAAUAAACAUAACAAAUAUCACAAAUAUAUAAAUUAUUUUACAUUAACUGUAAGUUCAACUUCUGAAUAUAAAUUAAAGACGUUUGUAAAUAUAAUAUUAUUUAAUUCUACAAACAAUAGUUCAGCGAAGGAUGUAAAGGGGCGCUUUUAUAAUUUACUAUAGUACGACAUGGUAUUUUAUGAUAUUAUCGUCAUGAUAGGAUAACAAAACGUAUACAAUUCAAUGAAGACAUUUUUUCACGACAAUUUUUCGAACGUGUAGCAUAUUCGUAUGGCAAAUUAAAAAUAUCUCCAUACAAAUGUUCUUAUACCAUAUCGUGACGAUAAAAAUAUAAUACAUUAUUAACAAUAAAAUAAAUUAUAAAAGCCUCUAUUACGGGUAGUAUAAUUUUAAAUUACAUAUCCCUGAAAACUGAAAAACUUAGAUCAU